AUGGAGUCAACAACAUUAAAAUAUGUAUGGUUGGAUUGCGACCCAGGACAUGAUGAUGCUUUUGCCAUUAUGAUGGCUGGUCAUUCAAAGUCAUUAAAAUUACUUGGUAUUUCAACUGUAGUUGGUAAUCAAACAGUCGAAAAGACAACAAUAAAUGCUCUAAAGGUAUGUGCAAUCUCUGGUUUAUCAGAUGUCGAAGUUGUCAAGGGUGCUGCAAAUCCUUUGAUGAGACCAUCCAUGGUAUGUCCAGAGAUACAUGGUGACUCUGGUUUGGAUUCAUCAGUAGUAUGGUCUGUCGAUACCAAGUCACCACUUGAAAAGAAUGCAAUCGUUCAUAUGUACGAUACAAUAAGAUCGACUUUUCUAGAGACAGGCAAGCUGACUACCAUCAUAGCAACUGCAGCACUCACAAAUGUAGCAUUACUAUUCUCUGUGUUUCCAGAUGUAAAGUCCAUGGUAGAGAGUGUUACACUCUUAGGUGGUGCGAUGACCGUUGGUAACAUGACACCCGUAGCCGAGUUUAACAUCUUGGUUGAUCCAGAGGCUGCCAAAAUAGUGUACGAUAGUGGAGUAAAGAUAUUCAUGGUACCACUCGAAGUUAGUCACAAAGCACUUAUCACCAAACAAAUAUUAGAAAGAAUUCAAUCACUCGACAACUCUUAUUUUAUCACAUUAUCAAUUGAACUAUUAAAGUUCUUUACGCAACAAUAUAUGAAUCUUUUUGGUAUGGAGAGUCCACCACUACAUGAUCCAUUAGCAGUUGCAGCUGUUAUAAAUCCAAGUAUGUUCACAACUAGAUUACUUCGUGUUGACAUUGAAUGUAAAUCUGAUCUUUGUGCUGGUCAAACUGUAUGUGAUGUUUGGAAUUUCUCAAACAAACCAAAGAAUGUUCAUGUCGCAACCGAUGUCGAUUUACCUGCAUUCUAUGAUAUGUUGAUCGAUUCCAUCGAUAAAAGUAAUAAGCAAAGUUGCUUAAAUAAAAAAUAA